AUGAGCUCAGUCACACUUAGCCCGCUUGCGCAGAGCGCCGAUAAGCAACUCCUCUUCGCUCGACUCGGAUUGAACGAACAAGUCCACAAGUUGCUUCUUGGAGAGGCUCAAGCCGCAAGAGACAGGUUGAGCAGGAGUGAGCACAACCUCACGGACCAGUCCAGGGCAGACCCUUCGGUGACAGCUCCUUACAAGUGGGAUGAAAUCUCAGAGACCGCAAAACACUACGAGAUCCUGACCGUUGUGAACAAUGCUGGUCCGCAAACCAGACCAUAUUAUGGGAUGGGCCGUUACGUGACCAAUGUCAACGAAGAAAACUGGGUCGCAAGGUGGUACUUGUGGCACAGCUUUCGAUACCGAGACAACCGAGACAACAGGACUCGCGGAGCAGCCAACAAUGGCAAUCGGGCAUACGGCGGCAAGGACUCCGACGGUUUACAGCACUGUGGGAGGCUAUUAUGA